CCUAGUUUUUACACCCAUAUGCGUCGUGACAAACGCCCCAUCUUGAAGCCCCACUCGGUGUAGUCUAAGAUCUGCGUCUCUUGUAAAUUGUAAUAACCUGAUUAAGUCUUUACACGGUGACAACGACCCUAAUCGACUAAUCGGUCUUCCCUCUUCAGUUCCGUUUGAAUUACUAGUACACUCAAUCGUCUUCUUGAAUCUCGAUCGAUCUUCAGAGUUCAGUCAAGUAGUGAACAGAACAGAUUUCGUUGUCUCCAUCUCUUCGAGCAAUGGAAGUUAUGAACUUUCGAUCCCUUAUCAUUUUCUCUGCCUUUCUACGUGUCUUGUUAAUUGUCUAUGGAGAAUGGCAAGAUACGCAUAUGGAAGUUAGGUACACAGAUGUUGAUUAUCUUGUUUUCUCUGAUGCUGCUGCUUUAGUAGUUGUUGGAAAAUCCCCUUAUAAAAGAUCCACUUACCGUUACUCUCCUUUGAUUGCGUUUAUACUCACGCCAAAUUCAUUUAUUCAUCGAUCAUGGGGAAAGUUUCUCUUCUCAGCAUCAGAUUUACUUGUAGGGUACUUCAUCCGCGCGAUUCUGAAGCUUCGUGGAGUACCUGAAAAUCUAACCAUAUACUCUCUACUUGUAUGGCUUUUUAAUCCAUUUACCUUCACCAUCGGAACGCGAGGCAACUGUGAGCCCAUUAUUUGCGCCAUCAUUUUGUGGAUUAUUAUUUGUAUCAUGCGAGGUAAUCUCUUUCAAGGGGCCGUUUGGUACGGGCUUGUUGUUCAUAUGAGAAUCUACCCUAUAAUAUACGCACUCCCUAUCGUCCUAACUCUUGAUCCGAACCAUUUCCAACGUGGUAAAAAACCCACCACCGUAGAUUGGAAUUCAAGACAACAUAAAUCAAACGAAACUUCAAAUCGAUUAUGGGUUUUCUUUCAAAGCAUCUUUACAAGAUCAAGAAUCUUGUUCGGACUGAUAUCAGCGACCGUGUUCUUCUUUUGCACCGGAAUAUUCUUCUAUCUAUACGAAUGGGAGUUCUUGCACGAGGCUUUGUUAUACCACUUGACUCGCACAGAUCCCAGACAUAAUUUUUCCAUCUACUUUUAUCACAUUUAUCUCAAUUAUGAACGCGAAUUCGCAGUGUUGGAAAAACUUAUCUCGUUUCUACCUCAGUUAAUAGUGCAGAUUGUUCUAGUUUUCCGUUUUGCACAAGAUUUCCCCUUUUGUUUCUUUGUUCAGACAGUGGCAUUUGUUGCCUUUAACAAGGUGAUAACAGCUCAGUACUUUGUGUGGUUUUUUUGUUUGUUGCCGCUGAUACUACCAUGGAGCAAAAUGAAGCUGAAAUGGGAAGGUAUUUUGUGCGUUUUGGUGUGGAUUGGAGCUCAAACUCAUUGGUUGUUUUGGGGUUAUAUGCUUGAAUUUAAAGGCAACCAAGUGUUCUUACAACUUUGGGCUGCAAGUUUAUUGUUCUUUGCUGCUAAUAUAUAUGUGAUGAUCACAAUCAUUCGCAGACACACGUAUUCUCCGGUUUUUAAGCGUCUAGUCACUUCACGCACCAAGAAAACUACGUGAGUACAACCCGAGAUUGCGCUUAUGACUUUGACCAAUCGCCUCAUGGUUUGACCAUUUUGGGUCAGAUGUUUGGGUGGUUUAGGGUUGCACAAAGAAAACUACAUGAGUACUACAAGUGACUCAACAGUCAACAUCCUAAUGGAAUUUGGGUGGUUUAGGUCUUUCCUCAAGCUGAUUUCGUUCAAAUUACAUGUACGACGAACCCGGAAAUCAUUUAUUAGUUACCAUUAUUUUAACGAAUAUUAGUUGGUGUUUUUGUGUAAUUUCACAUCAAAUCGUGCUGACCCAAGUUUCACAGUCAGAUCUACCUCGUUGAAGGAUAUCACUAGACCCCAUAGCAGUUUGGUAUGCAGGUAUCGGUUCGAGCUCAUGUUAAUUUGCAACUGGGAAUGAACCAAAGUGCUGGAUUGCAGUGACUGGGACUUGUGGCUUGAUUAUAAACCUGUUAGCGUUAUGUGAAAAGACUUAAUAAUUUUUAAUUAUCUUUUAAAUACUGUUUGUUUUACUAUAUCACUUUGCAAAUCAGUACAAAGGUAAUCAAAUUUAGCUUGAUAAAUAGUAAUUUGAUGACA